AUGCCAGGAAUUGUCUGGCUUCUACUCCCUGGGGUGGUGCCUUCUGAAAGAGGCUGCGCUGUGGUCGCGCAACAACACUGUUGGCGGCGGGCUGAAGCUGGAGCUCAUCGCGGCGCAACCAGACGCCACGGCGACGGACGUGCCCGCGGCGAUCAGCAGUGCGGUUGGGACGUACUCCGACCUCCUCGCUGUUCUUGGCCCAGUGGGCGACCAGACGCUGAUGUACGCCCGGCCAGCGUUGCAGCAGCAUCAGCUGGUGGCUGUGGACCCCGUCACCGGCUCAACGCGGGUGCGCUACUGGGACCCGAACUUUUACUUUCUCCGAACGGACCCCAUUCUGGCCUGUACGCUCAUGUGUGGUAUGCCACGACGUACCUGCGCGUGCUCCGGCUGGGCUUCAUGUACCUGACGGAUGUCGUGUAUGGAGACGACGAGUACGCUGCUGCGGUGAGACUCCUGGAGGACACAUGGGCUGCGCGCUGUCUGGUGUGGUCACAGUGA